GGUGGGUGGCAAUAUAAAAAUCGCGCGUUCCAGCCACUCACCUCUUAUUUGGCGGCGGAAUGGGGAGCGGUUCGGCUGUGUUCUUGGUUUGUUGCUAUCUCUGCUCAUCGAGAGGAAAGGCUUAAGGGUGCGCGCCCGCGCCUUUUCUACUCUCCGCCCCGAGCUUUGGAUGUUGGCUGGCUUGUUUCCUUUCUCCUCUUGCUUCGCCCUGGUGGCCGUCCACUAGCAACAGCCAGGUCGUCCGUCGCUUCUUGUAAGUGCAGCGCGUUGCAUUGGGAGGAACGGGCGAUAUGGAAUGUAAGCUUCAGGCCCACCGCAUCGUCAGUAUUUCGCUAGGCAAGAUGUACAGCGCACGAGGCCAGCGCGGCGGCGUGAAGCUGCACAAGAACCUUCUGGUAUCGCUUGUUUUGCGCAGCGCCCGGCAAGUCUACCUGAGUGAACUGGACUGCUCUCCCAUGCAUGCUGCGCUCUCGCCGCCACCUCUGCCGGGCCCUGGUGUGGAUCCACUCCGGGAUGGAGCAGGCGAGCACGCCCCGCUGCCCCUCUUUCCUUCUCCCCGGGCUUUUUUGCAGCCCGCGCAGAUGCUGCUGCCGCCUUCGGAGCCCCAAGCUUCUCUCUUGCCGCGCAGGCUCCCACUGGACUGGGAGACCCAGAGGUUGCAACGCUGCUGCGGCUGUUGUUGCUCCUCUUUAGCAGGCGCUGUUGGCGGCCGAUCGGCGGAGGCUCUUUCCCCGCCUUACUGCCCCAGAAAGCGGGGCGCUGCAGAGCAGCACGGUCUUGCAGCCGAGGAGGCGGCGGAGGCGACGACGGGGAGCUCUCCACUGAAGAAGCCCCGCAGAGAAGAAGCCGUGGCCGAGGAGGACAUGGAGACGGGCAACGUGGCCAGCCUCAUCAGCAUCUUCGGCUCCAGUUUCUCGGGACUGCUCACCAAAAAGUCCUCUUGCGGGGGCGGCGGGAGGAGCGGCAGUCGCCAGCGGCGGAGACGGCAGGAGGUCGAGGAAGAAGCAACAGUACCAGCGGAGGCUGAGCCCGGGCAGAUCUGCUGCGACGAGUCGAUGCUACGGAAUCUCAGCCCCUGGAGCACGGCCAUCGUGGCUUUCUGAACUUACCCGGCCUCCUCACCUGCGUAUGUUGGGACCAUAGCAAGAGGGCAACAACAGGACGCUGAUCCAGAGUAGGCGCAGAGAUAUUGGGGCGGGCUAGCAUCGAAUUACAAGCAACUUGACUGCUCUGGGCAGAUUUGGUUGAUGUCAGAUAGAGGCAGGGAGACUCUGCAUGCACUGCUCCUCUUCUCCCAAUGAGGUUUUUGUGUUGUGUGUGGGAGCUGCGGGGGUCUUUUUGCUCUGGGGCUGGACCAGGGCAGGAUCCGGCACUUAAACUAUUGUACUUUCUCUCGUUUGGCUGCAAGUCUUGCGGCUUGGAUGAAAGCAUUUCAAUUUGUUGGCGUCUUGUCUAAAGGAAUCCUGCACAGAAUUCCCCCUCCUUAUUUCUCUUCUCUGUCCCCAUCCCAACAACUCGCAGUGGUAGCUGUUCUGAAGGUCAUAUCCUUGUUCUCAUGCCUCACAGAGCAUGUUCACACACAAAAAAAAAGCAUUGGGAAGUUUGUUGUAACCCUAAGGUUACAUUUGGGGGCAGGGGAAGGGAUAAUAAGAUCCUAAACCACUAGAUUGAAUUUAUAUGGUGCUGUUGUGUUAACUGUGUUUACAGAUUUAUGGUUCAAAAGUUCCCUGGGGCUUCUCAUAACUCCCAGUCUUUGUUGUAUAAAGGCUCUUGGGAGGAAGGGUUGUCUUGGAGGUUUUGUACAGUGUUUUUUCUCUUGUGUUUUUGUAUGAAAAUGUAAGUCUUUACGUGUGUAACACGUAUUAAAUAUUUUGACACUGUUAAA